ACAGCAGGUGAAGCACACCUGAGUGACACCACCCAGUGCAUUUGCGGUUGCCUCCAGAACCCUCCAGACGGCCAGGGGUUUCGCCAGGAAAGCUGUGACCGCCAGAUACCCGAGAGUGUCGACGUAGUGCAGCGAAACCAAGAUUUAAGGAUAUAAGUGCCCGAGUGCCGAGCAGUGUGAUUCCUCAGAUUCCUCCACCGGAAGUGUGCGGGCGCGUGCGAGUGUUUAGUGCUUUAGUGAGGAAACUCGAGAGUCAUCGUUGAAAAGAAGCACACAAAAACAGUGCAAUGAGUGCAAUGAGUGCAGACGGCAUCAGUGAGUCCGCGACCCCGGACACCAGUCUGUUGGGCCGCGUGGCGAAGUUCUUCGUGGACAAUCAAGAUGAGCGCACCACCGAAUGGUUCCUGUCCGGGUCGAUCACACCGCUGAUCAUGGUCCUGGUGACGUACCUCUACUUCUGCCUGUACGCCGGCCCCCGGUACAUGGCCAAGCGGAAACCGUUCAAGCUGGAAACGGUGCUGAUCGUGUACAACGCGGUGCAGGUCCUGCUCAGCAUCGUGUUAGUCUAUGAGGGUAUCGAAGGAGGCUGGAGAAAGCACUACAGCUACCGCUGCCAGCCAGUCGACUACAGUCCGAACCCGGUCGCCAUGCGGAUGGCCCGAGCCGUUUGGAUGUACUACAUGUGCAAGGUCGUCGAGCUGCUGGACACCGUGUUCUUUGUACUGCGGAAGAAACAGAACCAGGUUUCGUUCCUGCACGUCUAUCACCACACGCUGAUGCCGAUUUGUGGCUUCAUUGGCGUCAAGUAUUUCGCAGGAGGCCAUGGCACGCUGCUGGGCGUCAUCAACUCGUUCAUUCACGUGUGCAUGUACGCGUACUACAUGCUGGCCGCGAUGGGCCCGAAAGUGCAGAAGUACCUCUGGUGGAAGCGCUACCUGACCGUGAUGCAGAUCGUCCAGUUCAUUAUCGUGUUCUUCCACACCAUCCAAGUCCAGUUCCAGCCGAGCUGUACCUACCCGAAAUCGAUCGCAGCGUUGCUGUCGCUGAACGCCGGUCUGUUUAUCUACAUGUUCAGCUCGUUCUACGUGCACUCGUACAUUCGCAACAAGGGCGGCAAGGGUGCGGUCACGAAGGGUAGCGAGGAGAACAACAACCAGUUGGAAUGCAAACCAAAGGACUCGGCCGUGCCAGCAGCAGCACAACAGCCGCUCGACAAGAAGGUGCUAUAGGAGACCGUCACGGUAGGAGAGUUUACCCGAUGGAACGGAGCCAGGAAGUUAGGAUAGGGCCCACGGCAGCCCAUGAGGCAAAGGGCUCCUUCUGAUCCACAGUCCUAGCAGUCAUAUAGCAGUACCGGAGCAGCCAGACCGAAGCGCGCACACUGAUCAGUCUGCAGUCUUUCUUGAUCUCAUCUCGCACUCCCCGAAUCCCAGAUGCCGCCUUUCGCCAAUAUGCCAGGAUUGUAACCAUGGAGAUCGGGCGCUGGAAGCUUCAGAGUCCACAGAAACACACCUUUUCUUCACCCUAUCUCUCUCUGUCGCUCCCUCUGUCACUGACUGUCAAAGCGCAAAGGCUCCCCACGAUCGACAAACGCAGAAGAGCAUUCGAAGUAUUGUUUAUCAUCUGUACCUAGGUAAAAGAAACAAACGAUGCGUGUAAUGUGUAUAUUUUUGUGCUAGAAGUUAUUUAAUUUAAAAU